AUGGAAGCGAAAUCCUUGCUUCUCGCAAACGGUUUCGUCAUAAUUCUCAUAUCGUUUUCCACGGAACAUUGGGUAAAAACUUCGUAUUUCGUGAAAUAUCUGCCCGAAUUUUGCGAUUUGCACAAAUUUGAAUAUUUUUCGAUUCUGCAGUGUGGAAAAGAGAAACGAUUAUUAACGCCGCAAUAUUCAAAUCUAUUUAAACAAUGCAAUGAUUUAACAACUGGCCUUCGCAGUAAUGUUUCCCGCUCGGGCCUCUUGUAUGACGCAAGCUGCACGAUAUUCCUCUGGCGUCGUCAGUGGCGUCCAAAUGCCUAUUCAGCACUAAUCGACUCACUGUCACUAUUCCUAGCACUUAUCGCUAUAGCAACGCUUUUUGCAGCCUUCAUAACAAGUUUUAAUCGUGAAUUAUGCGAGAUAACAUCAACUGCACUUGCCAUAUGUGCGGGAUGCUUUACGGGCUCCAUUGUUGGCUCGUUAACAAACAUACAUCGCCUAAACGCAUUUCAUUCAACCACUUCAAUUGAUUCCAUCUUGGAUUCAUGGACGAGGGCUGAACCUGGAUGGAGUUUAAUGGUCGGAGCACUUGGCUCGAUGAUAAUAGCAGUCUCGUCAUACCUUUAUUUGGUUGCGAUUAAACGCGAAAAAUUUCGACAACUCAGCGUUCGCCGACGUCGACAGAUGCAUAAAGCUUUAAUGUUAUCAUGUCGACAAGAUGUAGCACUCGCAAUAAGAGCUCGCAUGACAGUAAUAUGA